AUGGCGAUGAGCAGCUCUGUACCAACACUCGUGUUGCCGACGAAGCUACAGCAGGAUUACAAGGCCGUGGGCGCCAAGGUAAGCGUGCUCACUAAUUCUCAAGAGACUUUUGAGGGCGUGAUCUUUACGGUGGACCCAGUCGCCAACUUUCUUGUGCUUGAAGAGCAAAAUGGAAUCAAGAGCAAGACACGCAUCUUCCAGCUUGACGCAUUGCAGAAGAUUCAAGUGUUGGAUCCUGCCCCUGUCGGGCUCCAGUUGACGCUCCCUGCCAUCAGUGAGGAGGACUUAUUGCGUGCGGAGCAACGUAAUAAGGGGUUGGCGGAGCGAGCGCUUGCUUCUAUCGGUCAAGGCGUGUCUGGCGAAGCUCAGGCUAUCUUUGAUGCUCUUAAUAAGACGAUGCCGUGUGAGUGGGAAGGUGUCAACAUUCGAGUUAUGGGUGAAGUGGUGAUUAAACCGCCGUAUCAACCGCAGAAAUGCGUGAGUGCCAACACUCAGGUGCUUUCGCGGGUGAAGAAAGUGCUGGAAGGUGAGAAGAUCAAGUUGAAGAAGGCCAAGCACUGA